AUGGAUGGCCCACUGAAAGAGCUCACGAAGCUAGAGGAAUUGACUUCAAAUGCUUCUGCAAAGGGGAAGACUCCUAGUGUUAAUGACUCCCUUGAUUCACUGUUGCAAUCGCUCCGCGAAGUGCAAGAUCGGCUCAAGGCCGGCACCGUGACGGAUGAGACACUCACUAUCCUCGCAAAGACAGUGGAAACAAAGAAGAUGGAAGUAGAUGAGAGGCAAAAGGAGGCUUAUAAUUCCCUAAUGAAGGUGGGCAAAACGCUCGACAAGAAAUUCUCCACAGCACUGCCAUCGUAUCCUCCUAUGUUCACUUCACCAGAAGCUAAUGCUGCUCUGGAACACUCCAUUGCGUUACACUUCCUCCGAACUGGUCAAUUCCACACGGCACAGACCUUCAUUGAGGAAUCUGGUGUUGAGAUAGACUCGGAAAAGCAAGCAAAUUUUGCUGAAUUAUACCGCAUUAUGACGGCUCUGAAGUAUCAGAAUGUCGGUCCCGCAUUGGAAUGGGCGGCACGAAACCGUCACUUCCUUCAUCAUCACUCCUCGUCUCUUGAAUUCUUGCUUCAUCGUUCACAGUUCAUGCGUCUUAUCCUCACGUCACAUCCCCCGGACUAUUCUCCUGCACUGACAUACGCAAGAACGGUGUUCCCUCCCUUUUACUCUCAGCACGAGCCGGAGAUACGUCGUUUGAUGACUUGUAUGCUCUAUCUGCCUCUGGCUCGUCUACAACUAUCACCCUAUGCGGACCUGGCUUCUCCAUCGCUACAUUCCGAUCUAGAGCCUAUGUUCGCGAAGGAGUACUGUGCAAGUCUGGGCAUGAGCAAACAAGUCCCACUGAGAGUCGUUGGAGAUAUUGGAGGAGGAGGAGCGCUCGCGCGAAUUGAGAAGGGCCGGAAGGUCAUGCGCGAACGUAAGAGUGAAUGGAGUCGUACUGACGAGCUACCAAUUGAAAUAUCCUUGCCACCGGAGAACAGAUAUCAUUCGAUAUUUGCAUGUCCGGUUUCGAAAGAACAGUCGACAGAACAGAAUCCACCAAUGAUGAUGAGCUGUGGGCAUGUCAUCGCCAAGGAUAGUUUGCAGAAACUAAGCAAACCCGGAGGGUGCAUCCCAGAGUUUGCUGGAUUGACUCCUGAAGACGUCGAGUUCAUUGAUACUGUCAUAAAUCGCGCACCAGCCACAGCUACUACGUUCUUGACAGUAUUCAAAGCGUACAACGACGUACUGCAAGAGCGCGGUUUAGACCCGCAAGAGGAGGUAGCAUACUACGGUAAGCUCCUCAAGCUUGGUACGCUUAAAGGAAGGAAUUGGGGCGAGAAAUGGAACACCAUCAAACAUCAGCAGGGAUAUGCUACCCGCGCUGGGAACGACAAGGGACAGAUCCCGCGAGCGACUCAGAAUACUCCUGCACCGUCGAAGGUAGUAACUACGCGACUUACCACAGGUCUGCGUAAGGCACCCCCGGAAGACACACUCACUCUCCAUUCAUAUCCCGACCCUAGCGAUGCAGAGACAACCGAUUGGGAGUCAGUCAGCCAGGUAGGGCCUCGACACCAUGAUACGCCACGACCCGUGCGAAGGACGAUCUCGCCCACUCUGACAACUACCACAAACUCCCUGGGUUUGCAUACAGGUCCACCCUCGGCGCAUGUCCUGAAAGAUGGGUCCAGAAUGCGCGGCUCUUCCAAUCAUGUUUUUUCUCACUGGAACGAUGAAACAUCCGAAGGUCCGAGGCCCACGACUGCUACAACUUCCACUAUUCCGCCUUCCUAUGGUGCUGCAAUACGUGACAAUGCGCCUGCGAGGUAUUUCCCACGUACUGCCACUCGUGGGGCAGUCAUGUAUGCUCCGUCCAUGCCAUCAUCCUCCUCAACUGCGGUGCGCUCAGUACUGCCACGAGACAAUGAUCGCAAAGCAAACUCCAUCGAUGAAGACGAAGCGUGGAACAAGGUUAUGGAAGUUCAGGACUGCAAGGAGGCGGACCGUUUUCGGGAGGACAAAUUGAUAGAACGCUGCUGGGACAUAUGGAGACAGGGCUACGAGUGGAUCAUCACUACGCAUGAUCAGAUUGUUCAUGCGCGCGAUACAGUGGUCCUCCGCAGGGCUUACAAGCGUUGGCGCGGGCAUCUCGCCGACCGGCAAGAUCUUUGCCGACGCGUUGCUUCUAUAUCCGACAAGCGGCGCAUGCAAACUGCUUUGGAGCUUUGGAAGGUCAAACUUAAAGAGAAACAACAAGCGGACUGGCGGAAUGCAAUGCGUACCAAAAUGAGAAUGGUGCGCGAACGCAGGGAAGCGUCGUUGCUGAAGGAAGCCUGGACAAAGUGGCGGAAAGCACAUCAGCUGCAAGUUGCAGAGCAGUACCACUCUCGACGUCUUGCGGUUCGAUUUUUCAGCAUUUGGAAGACGCAACUGGCACAGUUGGAUGAGCUUGAUGCGGCAGCCGAACACUUGCUAUACGAUAGACAAGAAAGGUCUCAGGAGAGAUACUUCGACCUAUGGAGACGGGAAAUGGUAUUGCGCAGAACGGAGCGGGAGAUGACGGAGCGCGUAAAUCUGAGGAUUAUGGGACAAGCACUGGACGUAUGGAAGCAGCACCUGAACGAGAGUCAGACUGCAGACACAUUUCAUGAUUUGAUUAUUAAGAAGCGAGCUCUCGCGGCUUGGAAGCGGGCCAAGGCUAGAGUACAGUCACUGGAGAGCAAGGCGUUGAAGCAUCUGGCACGUCAAGAUGAUCUUCUCAUCCGUGCUGUCAUGAGAGUAUGGAAAGCUCACGAAAGAGGCAGACUCUUAGAGCGUGUCAGCAAUUCUAGGGUGCUGAAACAAGUAUGGGUAACGUGGAAAGAACGCCUGCGCCGUCAGCGAGAUCUUGAAGGUCUGGCGUUGGCUUUCUCUAUGAGAGCACAUUCGACACUCGCGUCUUCAUCCCUGCAAAAGUGGCGUCAGGCAUACAGCGCCCAUCAGAACGCCCAAGAGUUCGCCGCAGAGUACUUUUCGAGACAACUACUUGUUAAGACAAAUUUGACAUGGCGUCUUCACCUGCGAGCCAGAUUCAAACUAGCAAAACAAGCUAGGAUAGUCAGCAAGCUGAUCAUUCAACGGAAGUACUGGAAGAAAUGGGUGGAGCAUCUAGCGCAGAGGAGGCUGCAGAAGAGGCUGAAGGAGUUCGAGAACGGCAUGGCGCGAAGGUACUUUGAGGUAUGGCUCGAGACUGCCAAGAAAAAAAGACAGCUGAAGAUGGCUGAGGAGAUCAUGCGACAACGCAUCCAAAUGCGCUUAAUGGCAGGCGCUCUCAGUCGCUGGAUAAAUCGUGUAGUUGACAUCAAGGACAGAGAGUUGCAAGUCAAUCAAAGAGUAAGAAAAAAGAUGCUUAUAAUCGCAUGCAAGAAGUGGAAGACAGUGUGCAUACGCCAUGUGGAAGAGCUUAGCCUCAUGGAGAGCUAUCAGGAUGUCAAACGGGAAGAAAUGAUGCGUCGAAUGUUCUAUCGCUGGCUGACAGCUGCCAGGAAGGUCCGACAUAGGCGACUGCACUUGCAGCAGAGAGAGGAAGAAUUGAAGCUGACUGCGGACGAUUUCCUUCUGCAGAAGCAGAAAAACAUCAUGUUUCGUGCUUUUGGCAUCUGGCAUGCGAAGACUAGGUCGCUUCCUGCUGUUCGUCUGCAUGCAUAUCAUACGAAGAUCAAAGCUUGGAGCGUCUGGCGCGAUGCUAUGCCGAGAGCAUUACAAGCUAAGGCAGCCCGACAAAUGGAUCGUACAUCCGUGCUAGCUCAAGCAUUUGAGAAAUGGCAGAAGGCGUACAAAACAAAGAUUGAGCUCAAGGCUGUUGCGUAG